CCACCAUCUAUACGUAACUGACCCUGAAAAUUGUCUUCCUAGACAGUUUGUAAAGCUCCUUCGUUCACCAAUUUCUCCUUUUCAUUUCUCUGAGAGUCCCGGAUUCAGGUAUAACUUCACCAUCCUCCAUUGUAGUUCAUCACUCUGCCCGGUUAUUGUUGUUGAUUCUAGUGAUACACUCUUAAAUUCUGGUUUGGACCCAAUUGACUGCACUAAAACUUCAGAUUUUACUUCUUCAGCGUUAUACUGGAUGGUAAAUGAUAAUCAGUUGGUUUUGACAUGGUCAAAACCCAAUUGUAGCAAGUGUGAAGAAGAAGGUAAGAUGUGUAAACUUAAAAACAACGGAACUGAAGAUGGUGAGAUAGAAUGUUUUGAUCGUCAUCACAAACCAACUAAGAAGAUACUUCUAUAUGUCACAGUUGGGUUCGUGGGUUUAGUUUUGGUGACAUUGAUUCUUACAGCAUGUUUGCAUUUCUAUACCUAUUUUAAACUGAAAGGUGAAGAUGAGACUAGAAUUGAAAAGUUCUUAGAGGAUUAUAGGACGCUCAACCCUGCGAGAUUCUCAUAUACUGAUAUAAAAAGGAUUACAAAUAGUUUUAGGGAAAAGUUAGGUGAAGGAGCUCACGGAGCAGUUUUCAAAGGUAAAUUAUCUAAUGAAAUACUUGUGGCUGUGAAGAUGCUAAACAACGCAGAGGGCGAUGGAAAAGAGUUCAUUAACGAAGUGAAAGCAAUGGGAAAAGUUCAUCACAUCAAUGUGGUUCGCUUGGUUGGAUUUUGUGCUGAUGGAUGCUAUCGUGCUCUUGUUUAUAAUUUCUUUCCGAAUGGUUCAUUACAAAACUUCAUAACCAAACCUGAUGACAUUGAUCGCUUUCUCGGUUGGGAGAAGCUACAACAAAUUGCUCUCGGCAUAGCCAAAGGUAUUGAGUAUCUUCAUAUGAGUUGUGAUCAACGAAUUCUUCACUUCGAUAUUAAUCCCCAUAAUGUAUUAUUAGACGACAAGUUUGUUCCAAAAAUUACAGAUUUUGGUUUGGCUAAAUUGUGUCCUAAAAAUCAAAGUGUAGUGUCAGUAACUGCUGCUAGAGGGACUUUGGGUUACAUUGCACCUGAAGUAUUUUCGAGAAACUUUGGAAAUGUAUCGUAUAAAGCUGACAUAUAUAGUUACGGGAUGUUAUUACUUGAAAUGAUUGGAGGAAGAAAGAAUAUCGGUCAACUAUCUGAAGAAAAUUUUCAAAUUUUGUAUCCCGAAUGGAUUCAUAAUCUACUUGAAGGACAAGAUAUGCAAAUGACUAUUGAAGGAGAAGAAGAUGAUAAAAUUUUAAAGAAACUUGCAAUUGUAGGACUAUGGUGCAUUCAGUGGCACCCAAUAAAUCGUCCAUCUAUAAAAGUUGUGCUGCAAAUGUUAGAGGCUCUAGAAGAAGAGAAGUUGAUUGUGCCACCAAACCCUUUUAACUCAACAAUUUCUAGAGUUGUUGAAACCCAAACAAAAUUUUCAACCUUAGAGUUGGAAGCUAUACAUGAAUGAGAUAAGGUACAUUAAUUAGAAAAAUGUCUGGU